AUGAGCGGUCUAGGUGAAAACUCCCUGGAUCCUUUGUCUGGCGAUUCGAGAAAGAGAAAGCCAUCGUUAUGUGACACUCCGGGCCCCAGCCUGACCUGCAGCGGGGAGAAGAGAAGACGUGAGCAGGAGAGCAAGUACAUCGAAGAGCUGGCCGAGCUGAUAUCAGCAAAUCUCAGCGACAUUGACAACUUCAAUGUCAAACCUGAUAAAUGUGCAAUCCUAAAAGAGACCGUCAGGCAGAUUCGUCAGAUUAAAGAACAAGGAAAGGCUUCCUCCAAUGAUGAUGAGGUCCAGAAGGCAGACGUGUCGUCCACAGGGCAGGGGGUGAUCGAUAAGGAUUCUUUGGGGCCCCUUCUACUACAGGCUCUGGACGGGUUCCUGUUUGUGGUGAACCGGGAAGGCAGCAUUGUGUUCGUAUCCGAGAACGUCACCCAGUACUUACAGUACAAGCAGGAGGAUCUGGUCAACACCAGCGUGUACACCAUCCUGCACGAAGAUGACCGCAAAGACUUCCUCAAGAAUCUGCCCAAAUCCACAGUUAAUGGGAGUGCCAUGGUCGAAUGAGACCCCCAGGCAGAAGAGUCACACCUUUAACUGUCGCAUGCUGGUGAAGACGCCUCUGGACCACCUGGAAGAUGGAGGUGGCGGCAUGGACCCACGGCAAAGAUACGAGACCAUGCAGUGUUUUGCCUUAUCGCAGCCACGUGCCAUGAUGGAGGAGGGGGAAGACCUGCAAUCCUGCAUGAUUUGUGUGGCCAGACGCUUCACAACCAUAGAGAGAGGCUUCUCCGCCAACCCAGAGAGCUUCAUUACCCGGCAUGACCUUUCAGGCAAAGUGGUAAAUAUCGACCCCAACUCCCUACGCAACUCAAUGAGGCCGGGCUUUGAGGACACAAUCCGCAGGUGUAUCCAGAGGUUCCUGUGUCACAGCGACGGUCAGCAGUGGACCUCCAAACGCCACUAUCAGGAAGCAUACGUCCACGGUCACUCGGAGACACCACUGUACAGGUUCUCUUUGGCGGAUGGCACUAUGGUAACGGCACAGACCAAAAGCAAGUUAUUUCGCAACCCUGUCACCAAUGAUCCUCAUGGCUUUGUCUCCACUCACUUCCUACAACGAGAGCAAAAUGGCUACCGACCUAAUCCAAUGCCUCAAGGUCCCAUGCCUCAAGGUCCCAUGCCUCAAGGUCCCAUGCCUCAAGGUCCCAUGUCACAAGGUCCCAUG